AAUCAUAUCUCCAUCAGAAAGUUUGUCGGAUUGGUUUCACUGUUGUUAAUAGCUCGUGUAUAUAUAUGAUAUUAGCUACGUUUUUGGCGAGGUUGUGUGAUACUCCAAAAAUACCCCGAACAUGUUCAACGAUCCCGAGAGUCGACCACCCCCGCAAAUAGUAGAUUGACCACCUACGAACACAAUUUAUCACGCCGCCGUAAUGCAUGGAGAGCUGAAGCAGAGUAGCACUGAUUUUGAGUACGUAAGUGUUAAUCUGGAAAUCAAAAGGGAUUUUAACGUCUGACGUCGUACAUCACGCAAGGAAUGGGAUUUUACUGUCGACUGGAACGAAAUAUUAUGUAUUGACGCGAUUGGGACAGUGCUGUUUUGACUGUUGAGUGAACGAAAAAGCUGUUUACCCCGUUUUGAAUCGGACCACAUCGGCAGCACGACCAGCAACAAGCACUACAGCUCCAUCUACUGGCGGACUAAAGUAAGGCAUAACUUCGUAACUUCUCUGGACUGUCUGGGCAAGAUCUUAGAGUUCAAAACUGCAAGAGAUGUGUGGAACUAUCUCAAGUUCAUGAUGAAGUUCUUGCAAUCCAUCAUCGCAUUGUUGAACUUUAGUCUUAUUUUAGUUUUCUGUGAAGACAAUUCUAACAAUUUUCCAGACCCAUCACCAGGUCCACCAGAAUUUAUAGGAGAAUUGAGGUUACUGAUUGAAGCGAAAGAAGAUGAUAUGGUACGUUUUAAAUGCCCGGUUAUUGGUAACCCAAGGCCAGAAAUACGAUGGAUGCGAUAUGGCCAGGAAAUUCCAGAACAAGCACGUGCUUAUCUUCAAACAAGACAGAGUUUACGUAUACUGAGCGUGUCACAAGAAGUUGCUGGAGAUUAUUCCUGUGUUAGCACCAAUAAAUUUGGAUCAAUAAGUGCCAAUUUUACACUGCUGGUUAUAAAAAAGUAUCCAAGUGAGAAUUACGUGAGUGAUUCCGACGUUGAUUAUGAUGAUUACGUGGAAGAUGAGAGUGUAUCAGAAGAAGAAGAACAACCACCACAAGUCCUUAACCUGACUAUACCAAUGAAACCAUACUUUACUGAACAGAGGAAAAUGAUUCGUUCAUUUAUUGCUCAGCCAGCUGGAAGCUCGGUCAGGUUUCGAUGCCAGGCAGGAGGUAAUCCAGAACCAGAUAUUCAAUGGUUGAAGAAUGGCGAAGAGAUGGAUAACCGCAGGGUAGGCUACCGGGUGCGCUAUAGAAAAAAUGCAUUAGUAUUACAAGAUUUGGUACCUUCAGAUAACGGGAAAUAUACGUGUAUACUUUCCAACUCAAUGGGCACUCUGAAUUAUACAUAUGAACUUGAUGUUAUACCAAGAAUAGCUCAUCCUCCCAUCCUUCAGCCAGGAUUACCGAAAAACGUGACUGCUAUUAUAGGCUCAACAGCUGUACUAGAAUGUGAAGUGGCUGUGAGCGACCUGCAUCCACACAUCCAAUGGUUGAAACAUUUUGAAUACGUUAACUUCACAGAGAGUGAUGAAGAAUAUGCAUUUGAGGCUGUCGAGGCUGAAUGGUCAAUUAAUCCUCAGUGGACGUGUGACGCCAUGAUAAGGAAUUUAUUUCAGGAAAAACCUCCAUUUAAGUGUAUUCCCAAACAGACUGAUGUCAACUCGACAAUCAACUCUAAUCCAGAACGACUUGUUUUGACUAAUGUUACUCUGCAGGAUGCUGGGAAAUACACGUGUCUCGCGGGUAACUCUAUCGGAAUUGCCCAUAGUAGUGCAUGGGUUAAUGUCAUCCCACCUCCAACACCCACACCUACAAUGAACGUAACAACACCGUUCUUCACCUCAGCUGUUGGAGUCGACCAUUCAUUCAGUAUUGAAGGUAGUGAUACUGUGGUCAUCGUUGGAAUAAUCGCCGGAAUCUCUGUACUUGUCGUAAUAUGCUCCUGUAUCUUUGUAUGUGUCCGGGGAAAGAAACGCAAGGUUGUCAAAUCGGCGGUUAUCGUGGAAAAUGGUCUUUAUCACUUUGUUGAUUCACGAACUGAGAGACCACAUUUGAGAAGAACGCUAUCUGGUUCUUCCACUGGCUCUUCUGGUUCUCAGGCUCCUCUAUUACGAUUUCGAAGUCAGUUGUCUUCAUCACUAACCAUCUUAUCAGAAUAUGAAGUGCCAUGUGAUCCAGAUUGGGAGAUCCCGAGAGAUAAACUAGAGUUAAAAGAACCGCUAGGUGAAGGAGCUUUUGGGCAAGUGAUAAAAGCAGAAGCCAAAGGCAUCUUUGGAAAAGAUAAAACCACCACAGUGGCUGUUAAAAUGCUAAAAGUCAGUGCAACAGAGCGAGAGUUGUCAGAUUUGGUUCAUGAAAUGGAAAUGAUGAAAACGAUUGGAAAACAUCUCAAUAUAAUAAACCUAAUAGGAUGCUCAACUCAGGACGGUCCAUUGUAUGUUGUGGUUGAGUUUGCCCCACAUGGUAAUCUCCGCGACUUUCUGCGAUCUAAGCGUCCUCCGAACCCAGACUACGAUUGUGAGAAGACAAGAUUGGUGAAUAACUACGAGCCAUUACUUAACAAGCAUCUUGUAUCCUUCGCGUAUCAGAUUGCAAAAGCCAUGGAAUUUCUCUCUUCCAAACGAUGCAUUCAUCGUGACUUGGCAGCUCGAAAUGUACUCGUGGCUGAAAAUAAUAUUAUGAAAGUUGCUGAUUUUGGACUUGCCAGAGAUAUACAAAAUAUAGACUAUUACAGAAAAACUACAGAUGGAAGGUUGCCAGUGAAAUGGAUGGCCCCAGAAGCAUUGUUUGACAGAAAAUACAGUACUGAGAGUGAUGUCUGGUCAUUUGGAGUAUUGCUGUGGGAAAUCAUGACAUUAGGUGGAACGCCAUAUCCAUCAGUUCCCGUCGAGAAGUUAUUUGACUUUUUAAAGUCCGGAAAAAGGAUGGAACAGCCAGUGAAUUGUCCAACAGAAAUAUACCAUAUCAUGAGAGAAUGUUGGCAAAAGUUACCGAAACUCAGGCCGACCUUUAGAGAACUGAGAGAAGAUGCCGACAGGAUAAUCUCUCUCUCAUCUAAUACGGAAUAUCUUGAUCUUGAUGCUGUCGGUGACGCACCAGAGAACACGUUUCUAGACAGUGACUACCUGAUUGACUCUGAUUCCGGCAACUCAAGUGGAAGUGGACACAGUGGUGAACGUGCAGAACUUUGCCGACAUGUCUCAACGAGUGAAUCAACGGCGACUCGAGACAGUGCAUUUCAUGAUUGCGGUGAGGGCUCAAUGAGCUCUAUUGACACUAAAGGACAAACGCAUACAGCCAUCGCUCACACGCAAGAUGUGAUUGAAGGACGUACGCAGCGACUUAAAAGCAUUGAAUCUACCGUUUAGAUGAACUACGUCCUAACCACAUGUGCGAUCCAUGACUCACUAUGCAAUGUGUAUAUGAUUCUACAGCAAUCAUGGACUAUGUCGACCGUUCUCCCAAUCAGAAAGUGUGGACCAGUUAUUUAUCACAGGCUUUUGGGGGAUGGCCUUUCGUGAAGAGGAAGAAAAAAAACCUGUUUAUAUAUAUAUAUGCUACUUUUGUUGGUUUGAUACCACGAGAGUUAUACAGGUCUACAGAAUGUACCGUCUCAACAUUACAUAAUAGACCAAUAUGCAAAUAUCUUCCAGUGAUUAGCUGCUACACUGCCAUUGUAGACACCAGUACUGCCAGUAUUCAUGGAAUAUUAUGAUUUUUAAGACGACAUGCCUUACAAAGUGACAAUGAGACACUUUCCUUGCAUCUUCAUGAUGCGUAUACUUGCAAAAUCUAAAUCUCUGCCAAAAUAUGAUAGAGUGUAAUUUUUAUAAUUAAAAAUGAUUCAACCGGAGUGAUAAUUGAGAACAGUUUUGUUUAAUUGUACAAAAGUAUUUUAUAAUCAUGUUGUUUGUUUUUAAACAAGACAUCUAAUCUGUUUUCUGACCAUAUUUAGAUAGUUAAGAAGUUAGUUAGUUCAUUUUCCAAGUUGUCUUGAAGUAUAGUGUUGUCACCAGUGCAUAACAAUAGGUUAAUUGUUAUGGUACAGUACAGUACAAAGCUCUGGGGAAAACAGUGGAUUGCUUGGAUCAUCUUUUGAACUACUGGAGAAACUGAUAACAAAAUCAGGACAACUAUUUUUACAUUAUUUUUGAAAGUCACAAACCCAGCAAUUAAAAACUUAGCAAUGUACCAGACCAAACCGUUUUAAUUUCUUAUAUUCAACGCAUUACUUAAUUCCAGUAUUAUCUGUCUUUCCUAGGAGCUAGUUCCCAUGUAUGUUAUUUAGUUAAUAGUUAACCGACAAAUUACAAAAAAAAGUGUGGUGUUCACACUAGUAAAGCACAGAUGAUUUAAAAGUUUACCUGUCAGUGAACUAGCAUCGACUAAAAAAAGGAUUGAUACUUGGUUCCAAUCAAGUUACAGUAUGAUAUAGUUAUAUUUAAAAGUGAGCUCAAGCACUGCCAACUUGUAGUGUACUGGUUUCAUAACAGUGAUGUUUAUAUUUUAUACAAAUACUAUAUGUCCAAGAAGGGUUUUGGUGCGGGUUCUAUAUGAUGUGUGGCUAAUAUAGAGAUUGUAAAUUUAAAAGUAAGCUUACAUCACACUUUUUCGACUGAAAUGCGUUUUAAAGUAAAUUUGACGCAAAACUUCAUUCGCUACCUUUUCUUUAAAGUUAAAAAAAAAACAGUGAUAGUUCCAUUUGUAAAAUGGAAUAUUUUAGUCAGGUGUUCUGUUUCGUUUUUUUUUUAAUAAUGGUUGUUCUGUUCUUAAUGAAUAGAGUGGAUAUUUUUCACAAGUUUCGAAACAAAUUGUCAUUCAUAGAUGAAUGUCUACUGAUGGCAAGUUUUGUUAUCCCAAAGGUUCUGUACCUGGGAAUACCUUCAAGAUGGUUUCGUGUGAAGAAACGUGGAAUCAAGAUCAAUUAUUUAAUGUG